CAAACCAAAUCCAAACCAAAAAAAACUGCGACGACAUCAUCAUCCGUGUAGAGUGCACUGUUCUUCCAUUUCAAGCUAUGCUUCUCUGUGUUUCAGUGCCUAUACCAUUCUUCUUCCACUGAAACACAGCGCUUACCUUCCUCCAACGCUUCUCGUUGCUGUUCCGUUCGCCGGUGGAAAUCCAAUGGGAACUCUAACGAGCUGCAGUUUCAUGCCUCUCAACUCCGAGUUUCGUUCCAACCCGGUUCGACGCGCUUUCAGGGAGAGGAUUCACUGCCACGAGCUGAAUAGAUUGAAGGGAAGGUCUUGUUUCUUCGCCAACACGCACAUAUCGAAAUGGGGUAGCUGGAAGCAGCUCAAUUUUGAUAGGUUUAGGUGUUUUGCUACCAGUAACAAUGACAAGGAUGUUGUUGAUGGUGAAGGGGAAAGUGGUAAGAGUGAUUCUAAAUCUAAUGUAACCACCGCGGUGCCGGAAGAAGAAAGAGGGUUCAGUUCAGAAAAAUCUACUCCACCUUCCACUUCUCAGAGGUCAUCUCUGUCUUCACUUGGAUCUCCAUACAGCAAUUUUCAAGUUGAUUCUUUCAAACUUAUGGAGCUUCUUGGACCUGAGAAGGUUGAUCCUGUUGAUGUGAAACUAAUUAAGGAUAAGCUUUUUGGUUAUUCGACCUUCUGGGUGACCAAAGAGGAGCCUUUUGGGGAGCUAGGAGAAGGCCUUCUUUUCGUAGGAAAUUUAAGGGGAAACAGAGAGGAUGUUUUUUCCAAGCUCCAAAAUCAGCUACUUGAGGUUGCGGGUGAUAAGUACAACCUCUUUAUGGUGGAGGAACCCAAUUCAGACAGCCCUGAUCCACGUGGUGGGCCACGCGUUAGCUUUGGUUUGCUGCGGAAGGAGGUUUCUGACCCUGGGCCAACAACACUUUGGCAAUACGUUAUUGCGUUGUUGUUGUUUCUUCUAACCAUUGGUUCCUCAGUGGAGCUAGGAAUUGCAUCUCAGAUCAACAGACUUCCCCCAGAAGUUGUGAAAUACUUCACAGAUCCAAAUGCUGUUGAGGCCCCAGAUAUGGAGCUGCUAUUUCCAUUUGUUGAUUCGGCUUUACCUUUAGCAUAUGGUGUCUUGGGAGUUCUUCUGUUUCAUGAGGUUGGACACUUUUUAGCGGCAUUUCCUAAACAAGUAAAGUUAAGCAUUCCUUUUUUCAUUCCAAACAUCACACUUGGCAGCUUUGGUGCUAUUACUCAGUUUAAAUCCAUCCUUCCUGAUAGAAGUACAAAAGUAGAUAUAUCACUUGCGGGUCCUUUUGCCGGUGCUGUGUUAUCAUUUUCAAUGUUUGCUGUUGGCCUUCUUCUUUCAUCAAAUCCAGAUUCAACAGGAGAUUUCGUGCAAGUUCCAAGCUUGUUGUUUCAAGGUUCCUUGCUACUUGGAUUAAUCAGUAGAGCGACUCUUGGUUAUGCAGCAAUGCAUGCUGCAACAGUUCCUAUUCAUCCUCUUGUGAUUGCAGGAUGGUGUGGCUUAACUAUUCAAGCUUUUAACAUGCUUCCAGUUGGGUGCCUUGAUGGUGGCAGAGCAGUGCAGGGUGCUUUUGGAAAAGGUGCUCUGAUGGGCUUUGGCUUGACCACUUAUUCAUUGCUUGGAUUAGGAGUGCUUGGUGGGCCUCUUUCACUUCCUUGGGGACUUUAUGUUCUGUUAUGUCAGAGGACACCGGAGAAACCAUGCUUAAAUGAUGUGACAGAAGUUGGAACAUGGAGAAAGGCACUUGUGGGUGUUGCUAUUUUUCUUGUUGUCUUAACUCUUCUUCCAGUUUGGGAUGAGCUUGCAGAGGAACUGGGUAUAGGUCUUGUAACUACAUUGUAAUUGUUAUGUGUAGAACAAAUCCAAUUUUAAAAUUGAGCAGUGAAAUAUAUAGGUCAAAUCAUUACCAAAGCAAAGCCUAAUUCAAUUGCAAUAAAUAUCAAUUGCCUCA